AUGAUCCGCGAGACUGACGAAGACGAAGAAAUCAAGGGCGUCGUGACGGAUAACAGCACCAACCCACCACAGUGCAACGGGGUACCUUCGACUGGGGAUGUCGAGGCGCUCACACUGCUGAUGAAUGAGUUGACGAUGGAGGCACGACGACGCGACGAGCCUCGGGCAAAGAUACUACGACUAAAGGUAGCGCAGAGGUAG